CAUUUCCAACUUCAACUCUCACACACCUCGAUACUUUUUGGACACCGUGAGAAUUGGAGACCGAGAAUCCGUCUUUUUAGGGUUUGGUUCGGAUUUUAAUUUUUCUAGCAAUGGCGGAGGAAUCGGAGAGUAAGCAGUCGGCGGUGGAGUCGAUGAUGGAGAAGAUCAGCCAGAAGAUUCACGGCCAUGAUUCAUCGUCAUCUUCGGAUUCGGAUUCGGAUCAUGAGAAACCGGCUUCUCCUUCUUCCGUUAAGGCUAAGAUUUAUCGGUUGUUUGGAAGAGAGAGACCAGUUCAUCAUGUGCUUGGUGGUGGAAAACCUGCUGAUGUGUUCUUGUGGAGGAACAAGAAGAUUUCAGCUGGUGUCCUUGGUGGAGCAACCGCAAUUUGGGUCCUUUUUGAGUUGAUUGAAUACCACCUACUUGCUUUAAUCUGUCACAUUUCGAUACUCUGUCUUGCACUACUGUUUUUGUGGUCCAAUGCUCAUACCUUCAUCCACAAGUCCCCACCUCGCAUCCCCGAAAUUCAUUUGCCAGAGGAGCCAUUCCUCCAAGUUGCCUCUGCAUUGGCAAUUGAACUUAACCAGGGAUUGAAACUUCUGCGAGAUAUUGCAUCUGGAAGAAAUCUGAAGGAGUUCCUUAUGGUUAUAGCUGCAUUCUGGGUUCUGUCAAUUGUGGGGAGUUGGUGCAACUUCUUGACCUUGUUCUAUAUAUGUUUCGUAUUGCUGCACACGGUACCUGUAUUAUACGAGAAGUACGAGGAUAAGGUAGACCCAUUUGCAGAGAAGGCUGCGAUCGAGAUUAAAAAACAAUAUGCAGUAUUUGAUGCCAAGGUUCUGAGUAAAAUUCCAAUGGGCCCUUUGAAGGCCAAGAAGGUUUAACAAGGAAAGGGGGGUUCAGUCUCCACCUCUCCGGCAACAUUUGGCUAGUUCUGGGAUGUGGUUUUGUGUGCUGGAUUCACAUUAGCUAGAGGCAUUUCGUCCUCAAAUCAAAUUGUUCACAAAUGUUUUGGUUUGCAAUUCAAAAUAUCAUAUAUGAGUAAGAGGCAAUAUCAGUUGUUAGGGAUAGGCCAAGCUUACAGAUGGCACCACUAUCAGGUGAUGAUUUUAUUAUGACAUUUUGUUUCAUUUGGAUAACAAUCAGCUUUUUUAUGUAUGCUUUCCUCCAGAUUUUGUGCUGUUUUA